AUGGCUAAUACAAAUGCUCUCAAGGCGCAAUCUCUUUUUGACCUCUCCGGCAAGGUAGCUCUUGUCACCGGAGGGGGUUCUGGAAUCGGGCUCAUGACCGCACAAGCUCUGGCUGCCAACGGCGCCAAGGUCUACAUCUGCGGCCGAACCAAGGAAAAGCUCGAGAAGGCGGCAUCUACCCACGGCGAAGACGCUGCAGGCGAAAUCAUUCCCAUCCAAGCGGAUGUCAACUCCAAACAAGGCAUCGAAGCUCUUGUCAACGAGCUUAAGGCGCGGGAAAAAUGCUUGUGCAUUCUUAUCAACAAUGCCGGCGUUAGUAGCUCGAAGUUUACCACCGCGGAAGCGCAUUGUGCUGAGGAGCUGAAGAAGUCACUGUUUGACAGUGAUGAUGCUACUUUUGACGAUUGGAUCGAUGUUUAUCGGACUAAUGUCGCAGCCAUGUAUUUCACUACCGCUGCCUUCUUGCCGCUGCUGCAGAAUUCCACAGAAACGCAUCCUGGAUGGUCAUCCACCGUCAUUAACAUCACUUCCAUCUCCGGCCUGAUCAAAACAAGCCAGCACCAUUUCAGCUACAACGCCUCCAAGGGCGCAGCGGAACACUUGACACGCAUGAUGGCAGCGGAAAUUGCUGCUGCGGGACUCAAGAUCCGCGUCAACAGCAUUGCGCCAGGCGUUUUCCCCAGCGAGAUGACUACGGGCGAAAGUAAUGAGGAUCAAAAGAGUCAGUUGGACAAGAGCAGGUUUGAGGACAUGAUUCCUGGGAGUCGUCCGGGAAAGGAUGAGGAUAUGGCACAGGCGGUGCUGUUUCUUGCUGGGAAUCAGUUUGUUAAUGGACAGAGGGUCGUCGUUGACGGAGGACACACACUCGCUGACGGGUUGUAA